GUUGAACACCAAAACCUUCGUUUAGUAUGUAAAAGAUGGAACCGCCUUCUAACGGGAAACUACUUUUAUUCCCUUAGGAAAAGGUUGGGUAUGGCUGAAGAGUGGGUUUAUGUCAUCAAAAGAGAUCGUGACGGGAAAAUAUCUUGGCAUGCUUUCGAUCCAAUCUAUCAGCUUUGGCAGCCACUUCCUCCUGUUCCCACGGAGUAUUCCGAGGCACUCGGUUUUGGUUGUGCUGUUCUUAGUGGUUGCUACCUCUACUUAUUUGGAGGCAAGGAUCCGCUUCGAGGCUCUAUGAGACGAGUUGUUUUUUACAAUGCUCGGACGAACAAAUGGCAUCGAGCUCCUGAUAUGCUACGUAAGCGCCAUUUUUCCGGAUCGAGCGUCAUAAACAAUUGCCUUUAUGUUGCUGGCGGUGAAUGCGAAGGGAUCCAUAGAACGCUUCGUUCGGCUGAGGUUUUUGACCCGAACAAGAACAGGUGGACUUUCAUUGGCGAAAUGACCGAUGGAAUGGUACCUCUCAUCGGAGUUGUUUACGAGGGGAAAUGGUUUUUGAAAGGGCUGGAUUCUCACCGCCAAGUUGUAAGUGAAGCAUAUUCGCCCUCUACCAACAACUGGUCUGCAGCGAACGAUGGCAUGAUGAGUGGCUGGCGCAAUCCAAGCAUAUCACUGAAUGGGAGGCUUUAUUCGUCAGAUUGUAGUGAUGGAUGCAAGCUUCGUGUUUAUGAUGAUGCUACAGAUACAUGGAGCAGGUUUAUGGACAGCAAGCUUCAUCUCGGUAGUUCCGUCACUUUGAAAGCGGCGGCAUUUGUCUCUCUGAAUGGCAAGCUUGCUGUUGUGAGGAACAACAUGAGUAUCAGCCUUGUUGAUGUGUCAACCCCCGGGAGGAUCAUUGAAACUAACAGUGCUCAGCUGUGGGAAGCCAUUUCUGGUAAAGGCCAGCUGAAAUCUUUUGUGUCAAAUCUGUGGUCGAGCAUUGCUGGUCGGAAUGGGCUGAAGAGUCAUAUUGUUCACUGUCAAGUGCUUCAGGUUUGAGAAUUGAAGUAUUCCUGAAGUUUCCUUUCUUCGAUUUCCAUGAAAAAAAAGAUGGGUUUAUGUUAUGAAGCUGUUGAGGUGCGGAUUUUUGUUGUGAGGCCAUCUGGAGAAGGAGAAGGCGAGAUGUUUGAUGUCUCUCAACAUCUCUAGUGAUAGACUUUCACACGAAAGAUUUCAGAGGUGUAAAUGUUUCUGAAACAUUGGUAGCUUAUGGAGUUAAGUUAGAUUUUUGACAUAAGAGAAGAAAGUGUUUCCGAAACAUUGCACUGUUAUUUAGGUUGAAAGCUUUGACAUAUGGCUUUCAGCUUUGCAUGCAGUUGGUCUGUGCAAUUCGUUCAGGUAUGUAAUGUAAUUAUUUCAAAGCAUGGGAGUAGGACUCUGUUGGAAAAUGAAUAAUAAUAUUGCAGCUCCAUGAUUGAGAAGAAAGUCUCUCUCUGAUUUUCUUUUUGUGCUCA